CCUAUCCUUUCUCCUCCUUCGGAAACCUCUCGCUCAGCUACCCGCGUGUCGGACAGGCGACGCUGGGAUCCCGGGACAGGGUGCCAGGCUCGCUGUUGGCGACAUGUAGACGCCCUCCCCGCCGCGGUACAGCCUCAGAACCUGGACGCCCUCCUGGCCGGAAAGUUUGGGGCUGGGCGCCAUGGCCAAGAGCAGCUCCCUGAACGUCCGCGUCGUGGAGGGCCGGGCGCUGCCCGCCAAGGACGUGUCUGGGAGCAGUGACCCCUACUGCAUAGUGAAAGUGGACGACGAAGUGGUGGCCAGGACAGCCACCAUCUGGCGAAGCCUGAGCCCCUUCUGGGGGGAGGAGUACACAGUGCACCUGCCCCUGGAUUUCCACCAGCUGGCCUUCUAUGUGCUGGACGAGGAUACCGUGGGGCACGACGACAUCAUAGGCAAGAUCUCACUGAGCAGGGAGGCCAUUGCAGCUGACCCCCGAGGAAUUGAUAGCUGGAUCAACCUGAGCCAUGUGGACCCUGAUGCAGAGGUGCAGGGUGAGAUCUGCCUGGCCGUGCAGAUGCUGGAGGAUGUGAGGGGCCGUUGUCUUCGCUGUCAUGUGCUCCAGGCCAGGGACCUGGCCCCCCGAGACAUCUCCGGCACAUCUGACCCAUUUGCACGUGUGUUUUGGGGCAGCCAGAGCUUGGAGACUUCGACCAUCAAGAAGACUCGCUUCCCACACUGGGAUGAGGUGCUGGAGCUGCGGGAGAUGCCAGGUUCCCCAUCCCCGCUGCGGGUGGAGCUCUGGGACUGGGACAUGGUUGGCAAGAAUGACUUCUUGGGCAUGGUGGAGUUCCCCCCGCAGGUCCUACAGCAGAACCCGCCCAAUGGCUGGUUCCACCUCCUGCCCUUUCCCAGAGCGGAGGAGGAUUCUGGGGGAAGCCUGGGUGCCCUGCGGCUGAAGGUACGCCUGACCGAGGACCGCAUCCUGCCCUCCCAGUACUACCAGCCACUCAGGGAGUUGCUCAUGGCGUCUGUGCUGGGGCCGGCAGAGGAAGAUGCUGCCAGCCCCCUGGCUGUCCUGGAGGAGCUGACCUCGGGGGACUGCCGCCAGGAGCUUGCCACCAAGCUGGUGAAGCUCUUUCUUGGCCAGGGCCUGGCUGGGCCCUUUCUGGACUAUCUCACCCGGCGUGAGGUGGCACGGACCACUGACCCCAACACUCUCUUCCGUUCUAACUCCCUGGCAUCCAAGUCAAUGGAACAGUUUCUGAAGCUCGUGGGCAUGCCCUACCUGCACGAGGUCCUGAGGCCAGUGAUUAACCGCGUCUUCGAGGAGAGGAAGUACAUGGAGCUGGACCCGUGCAAGAUGGACCUGGGCCGCACCAGGAGAAUCUCCUUCAAGGGUGCGCCGUCCGAGGAGCACGUGCGGGAGGUCAGCCUGGGGCUGCUGACGGGCUACCUGGGGCCCAUCAUGGAUGCCAUUGUGGGCUCCGUGGGGCGCUGCCCGCCCGCCAUCUGCCUCGCCUUCAAGCAGCUACGCCAUUGCGUGGAGGAGCGCUUUCCCCAGGCAGAGCACGAGGAUGUGAAGAACCUGGCCAUAAGUGGCUUUCUCUUCCUGCGAUUCUUCGCUCCUGCCAUCCUCACCCCGAAGCUGUUUGACCUCCGGGACCAGCACGCAGAUCCCCAGACCAGCCGUUCACUGCUGCUGCUUGCCAAGGCUGUGCAGAGCAUUGGAAACCUGGGCCAGCAGCUGGGCCAGGGCAAGGAGCUGUGGAUGUCGCCCCUACACCCCUUCCUGCUGCAGAGUAUUUCGCGUGUGAGAGACUUCCUGGACCAGCUGGUGGAUGUGGAUGGGAAGGAGGAGCCUGGGGGCCCAGCCAGGGCCCUGGUCCCGCCCUCGGUGACCGUUCGAGAAGGCUACCUGCUCAAGCGCAAGGAAGAGCCCUCUGGCCUGGCCACACGCUUUGCGUUCAAGAAGCGCUACUUCCGGCUCAGCGGGGAGAUGCUCUCCUACUCCAGGAAUCCUGAGUGGCAGACGCGCUCCUCCAUCCCGGUGUCGCACAUCCGCGCCGUGGAGCGCGUGGACGAGGGCGCCUUCCAGCUGCCGCACGUGAUGCAGGUGGUGACGCAGGACGGCGCGGGAGCGCUGCACACCACCUACCUCCAGUGCAAGAACGUGAACGAGCUCAACCAGUGGCUAUCGGCCCUGCGCAAGGCCAGCGCCCCCAAUCCGGACAAGCUGGCCGCCUGCCACCCCGGUGCGUUCCGCAGCGCGCACUGGACCUGCUGCCUCCAGGCCGAGCGCUCAGCUGCCGGUUGCAGCCGCACGCACUCAGCCGUCACCCUGGGCGACUGGAGUGACCCACUGGAUCCCGAUGCUGAGACCCAAAUGGUGUAUCGGCAGUUGCUUCUAGGGCGGGACCGGCUCAGGAUGAAAUUCCUGGAGGAUUCCAACCUGGUUACGACUCCCGAGGCAGACACAGAGAAGGGCUCCAGUGCCACGGAAGGGGCCUGUCCUGAUGCCCUGGCUCACCAGAGAGAGGCAGCUGCCCGUCUGCUGGAGGUGCUCGCAGACCUGGAUCAAGCCCACGAGGAGUUCCAGCAUCAGGAGCAGCGGAAGGUGGCCCCAGGCCCCCUGAGGCCCUGAGGACAUGCCAGAGCCAGCCUGGAGGGAGGCGGAAAGAGCCGGUGGGCCCUUCUCAGCGUCCCCUGGCCCAGGAGUCUCCUCGUGGCUGUCUGGUACCUCGUUGAUGCUGUGGCUUGCAGGCUCCUGGAGAUAUCCUAAUCCCAUGUGUCCUAAGCCCAGAACCCAGGCAUGGAAACCCUUGGGCAGGGGACCAGCCUUGCACUGAAUGAGUCUUACCCUCUGGGUUGAGGCACUCUGGAGUGGAUGGAAUAAGGAACCUGACCCACUUGUCUCAGCCUGAGGUUUCUGCUUCACAGGACUGGCCUCUAGCCACACUGACAUGGCCAGCCCUGAGCUGCUGGCCCUGAGCUGCUGGAUACAGCUGUACCUGAAUCCCUGAUGCCCAUGUGGCCUUGUUGCCCCAGAUAGGCACUAAACAGGCUCAGCCCUUCCUGUUUUCAUGUCUGCCAAUCCCUGUAGCCACGUUGAUCCUCCUGAACCCUGUCCUUGGCCGAGAAUCCUAACCACAAGCCUCCAGAAUCAGGUGCCCUCAGGAAUAACUGAGGCUGAGAGCCCAGCGUGCGUGACCCAGACCCUUGGGAGACUUUGGACCAGGCUCUUUCCCUCUCUUUGAGCCUCAGUUUACCCUGUAUAAAAUGAGGAGGGAGUGAGUCUAGAUGUGUGGUUUUCAAAAUGGGUUCCAUGGGGGUAGCGUGGGAGCCAGGGAGGGAUUUCUCAGACUGUGAUUCAAAGCCCACCCUCAGGUUGUCUGCUAGAAAUGCAGAUUCCUGGGACCGCCCCCAGAUCUGAAUCAGAAUCUGAGGGAGCGUGAGGGCAGGAAUCAGGGUUUUAAACAAGUUCCACAGGUGGUGUGGAUGCACAUGAGAUUUGAGGACCAUGGGGCUGGGUGAUUUUGUACAUUGAGGUGAGAUUUUGUUUGAGAAUUAAUCACAGAAGGUAAAAUGUUUGGGAACACCAAACUGGCAGAAUUGGGCCUCCAAAACCUCAUUUCCAGUUUUGUGUGACUAGAGCGUAGGACA